AUGUGUUCUAAUUUGACAAUAACAAUUUUGGUAUUUUUGGUAGGGAUAGCUUAAUGUCAAUAAUGCACAUGGACAGACGAGUCAGGAUACACCUACAAUUUAAAAUCUUUAGAUAAACCUGGAGGCUGGUAAUUGAAGGACGAGACAAGUGGGAUGGGAAUGUUUAGCAUGGUUUACAUAUUCAAUUUUUGUGAUUUCAAACCUAUUAAAUGUCAUGAUAGAUAAGUGGGAGCUAUAGAAGCUUUGGCAGUCAUGGGAUAAAUAACAGAAAAUUGUGAUGUGGCUGGAUUGGUAGAAACUUAAGCAUUUGAGCAUUUGGAUUAAAGAGAUUUAAAUAAAGGCAUAGUUAUAAAGUACACCUAAGGAGACUUAUGUAUGGAUCCAAAAUAACAACCUACAGGAGUAAUGUAACCAAGACAGGCUCAUUUUUUUAUUGAAUGUGGAGAUGAUGAAGCUACUUUCACAGUUUUGCCAGAUAACGAAUGCAUUGAUCAAUUUAAAAUUAGACAUCAUGCUGCCUGCAGAAAUGCAAGUUCACAUUGGUUUCUUAAAUUCAUUUUUGUUAUUUGUUUAUAUUUUGGGGGCCGCUUCAUAUACAAUCGUAAGAAAUUGCAAAUAGAAGGAGAAGAUGCUAUCCCUCACAUUCAUUAAAUCAAAACUCUUAUUCCUCAAGUCAGAGCACUGUUUCAUUUUGGUGUAGAUAGGUUGUAAACUCAAGUUCAGAGAUUUAGACAUGGUGGCUAUGAUAGUAUAUGA